AUGGUUCAAGUAUUGGCUGAUCACACAUUCUCUCCCGCCGGGACACCAACUCACGAGGCCACUGAUGGCCCUCUCAUGAUGCGUCCUGGCUUUGGCAGGACCGACUCGUCAACACCAAUGACCCGAGAGGAACACGCGAGGCGCAUGCAGGAACUUAACAAGAAGAGAGGCCUGAUGAGGGCACCUCGAAGAGGCUGGUCAAUGACCGAUUAUCAAGGCGACCAUGUUGCUGCAUCGCACUCCGGUGCAGCUCACGUCAACCGACAAGCGCCUAUUCCUGAGAAUGACUCACCUUCUCCAACCGAGCGUCAAGAGCCUGUGAUGCCCGAGGCUCCAGUUGAGGACAAAACAACUCAGCUUCCUCGCCGACCCAAGCUGCCCCCUCCCCGCCGUUCAUACUCAGUUAUGGACUAUGAGCCUAUCCCACAAACUCAACCCCAGCCUCCCAAGGACCACACCUUACUUGAUCUUCCUUCUGAGCUUCAUUACACCAUUUUCGACCACCUCGACCCCAUCGACAGCGUUUGCUUUGGCCUUACUAACUCCAACUUUUACGAAAUUCACCGAAGAUUACACGGUACGGUGCCCCUUUCCAGCCGUUACUCAGGGCCAAACGACAUGGAGUGGGCUUGGCGAGGAGCUGGCCCUCUUGUCCAUCGACAAGAGCGAGCACCUGAGAAGGAGGGCCCCAUGGACCAGAUGCGCGUCAAGGGACAGGUUUACUGUAGGAAGUGUGGAAUUUCUCGAUGCGAGCUGCACCGUCACCUCAAGGACUGGAUGCCCGAGGGCUACGAGUACUGCUCUAUCAAGGAGGUCUUCGGCAAACCCGCCGGAGAGGACGCAAAGCCAUACUGCUACAUGAAAUCACCCAAGAACCCGCAUAGAUGUGGUCGUCACGGGGGAAAGCAGGGCACAUCUCAUCAAACAUCCUAG